AUGGAUGUCGCUACAGUCGCAGGUCUUGCCAUUGGCGCAGCUUCCCUGCUGGCUGGCAUCAAGGGUGCAUUGGACGGCUUCGUCUUUCUGGGUGAAGUCUGGGCGAAUAGAGCACCCACUGACAGCUUCUUGCCUAUCAAAUUCAAGAUUGAACAGACCCGUUUCAAAAAUUGGGUAGAAGUCAAUGGGCUCAGUCAAGACAAGCAUUGCACCAAGAUGCUGAAGCAGCCGGCUGAGACUCGCCAGCUCGUGUUGAACAUAUUAAUCGAGACAAGCAAAAUAACUCAGGACCUUAGGAAAAUGGAAGAUGAAUAUGGAAUCAAGAUUGUGGAGCAUGGCACUUACGAGCCAGCGCAAACUAUCGCAGAAGCUAUGAAACGAAUGACACUCAAGCAAGCCGGCCAUGACCAGUCGAACAAAUCGUACAGAAAGGCGUUCAAGAUCACGCUAGAUAAGCCCAAAUUCGAAAAAUUGCUGAGCCAUCUCAAAUACUUCAACGACUGUCUUGAGCGUUUUCUUCCAGCAGACGAGAUCCGGAUGCUUCAGCAGGGCCUCCCCUGUGGAUUAGUUCCAACCGCCAACGUUGAAACACUCCGAGAACUCUCGAGCUCCUCCCAACAGCUCCUCGCGCUUUGCGCUGCUGCCAAGUCAAUCAAGCUCACAACUACUGUAUCCACACCCGGAAUUCCCAUGAUGAGGCCGGAGAACCUUUUGGCGCUGAAAAUCAUGGAGACGCUGCGGCCGGGCGGUCCUGCUAUUCGUGCUUCGGCUUGUUUGGAGCACCAUGGGAGCACCGAGGAGCUUGUGAUUGAUUACAAGCCAUACAAUCAGAGCCUGAACUCUGAACAGAGGAUGGAGGUGCUGAGGAGACUCAAGGCCUUGUAUCUCUUGUUUAAUCAUUUUUCCAAGAACGGCAUGGUUGAGUUCCGCAUCCUUCCUUGCAUCGGCUUGCUUCAAAAUCCGGAAAACACUAUCAGAUUCGACGGGUUCGUAUUCCAGCACCCUCAGGCUGGUCUCCAGAGGGCCGAGUCCUUACACCAGUUGCUGUACGGAAAGCUCAGCGUGCCACUUGGUGACCGCUUCCAACUUGCUCAAAAGUUAGCCUCUGCCGUACUUCUGCUCCACUCGUCUAAAUGGCUUCACAAGAAUAUACGGAGCCAAAACAUCCUUUUCUUCCGCAGAAGGACUGCAGGUUACUCUACUACGGAUCAUAUCACAUCGCCUUACCUGGUCGGUUUCUCUUAUGCCAGGCCCGAUAACAGUGGCGAGGCCUCCAUGGAUCGACCUGAUGACGGUGGGCCGGGUAACCUGGACCAUUACCGUCACCCGAACUUCAACAGCGGAUCUACUCGCAAAAACGAUAUCUACAGUCUAGGGAUUAUUUUAUUCGAAAUAGGCCACUGGAGGCCAGUGGAAAAGAUCUGUGGGGAUGACCUCAAUGGUACGGGAAAGCAUAUUGGCGACGAGCAUGACGUGCGCAGGCAUUUGCUGGAUGGCUGCCGCAAACCCCUGCCAAGCAAGAUGGGAACCAUUUACGCGGCUGUUGUCCGCCGCUGCCUCGACGGAGACUUUUCAUCGAACAGUGAACAAGGUGGGGAGGAAGGUGAUGACGAUUUCAUUCACGACUUUUGGUCUUCGGUAGUAAGGGAGCUGGAGAGAUGCCACGCUUGA